AUGGACGAGGCCCCGCCGCCAUUGCCGUCCCAGGCCAGCUCCCACUUCCCGCUCGAGCCCGUCUCAGGCGCGACGCUGUUCGAGCAGGAGGUGAGGCGCAGGGACGCGCUGGCCAGGUGCGGCACCUGCCUGACCGGGUGCCGCGAGCUGGACGACGAGGUCUUGCUGGGCGGGUUCGAGAGGGGCUGUGUGGUCGGCGUCAGCGCCGAGGAAGAGGAGGUUGGCUUGUUGAUUGGGCUCCAGACUGUUGCGAGGUUGUUUGUCGCGAGUCUGGGGACCGGGCAAAGUCAGGAGCCGAGGGCUAUGAUCAUCACGACGCUCUCUGUCGACGCGCUGUUACCUCUGUUGAGGGACACGUUCAAGGCGCAGCUUGUGGCGCAGAAACAGGACCCUGGGAAGGGGAAUGAGCUGCUUAAGCGUUUCCUGGAGAGGAUUUCCAUAUCCCGCAUCUUUGACGUCUCCGGGUUGUGGGAAGCUGUUAGAGAGCUGGAUAGCCUGGCUCCUCAGGACGAGGCACAUCAGGAACCUCCUAGUAGUCAACAGGCCGUCGAAGAUGAGGUGACUACUGGCCCACGGGCUGUGUCUACAGAGGGGAGGGAUGUACAGGAGGGACUAAGCCUAUCAGGAUUGUCGUCAAGUCCACUAUCGGAUCCUCCCAGCAGCCUACCAGAUGAGCUAGAGUUUGAGGAGGCAGUGCCUAGGACAACACCACCUGGCAAGAGAACUGAGAUUGCAGAUAGCGAGGACGAGGGUGACCUGUCGUCUCCUGUAAGCCUUCCAAAAGCAUCACCGGAGCCAGAAACAGUUCCACAGACUGUGUCAGAGGAGGAGAUAUCCAAAGAGGAGUCCAGCACCAAGCAGCCCAGCAUCGACCAACCCGGAAACCAGAAAGAUUCACGACAUCCUGACAUAAUAUUGGUAACACACAUGUCCACACUUCUGUCCGCCCUCUUCCGCCAACGCGAGAAAGACACAGCCCACCAGAUGCUCCAGCUCCUCUCCUCUCACCUACGCUACCUCGCACGCUCACCCGACCACGGCGGCCCGCUCAUUAUGACCCUUAACUCGACCACAAACUCGACAGAAGGCACAGCCGCUCCCAACACAAAGCCUAAUCCAGGACAAGGCAGGCCGUCCCCACAGCCUCCUCCCCCGACCGAGGCGCCGAAUACGAGGAGCUCGAACCGGCCGCUGGACCCCACGCUCCGCUCGAUCUUCAACCCUCCGCCGCUGCCUACCACCGGCCUGGGCUACGCGCACGACACCCCGCUCGCGCGGCGCAACAAGCCGUCCUUCGGGCUCAUCUUCACACAGCUGCUAGACAUACACCUGCUGUGCACGCGCGUGCCGAAGACGCGCGCCGACGCCGAGGCGCUGUUUGCGCCGCCGAGCCAGGCGGCCGCCCUCACUGGCGCGGUCGACUACGGCUGGGUCGUGGAGGUUUUGCUUGACGAGGUGGGCGUUUGGGAUAGUGAGGGAGGGCGGCGGGGCGCGAGGAGGGCGUCGAGGGAGCAGCGAUGGGGUGCUGUGGGUGUGAGGAGGGAUGGGAAUGGAGUGAGGGUUGUGGAUGCCUUUGGGAGCGCAAGGAAGCCCGCGCCGGAGAUUGUGCUUGCUGCUGGGUUUGGGGGGAGGAGAGUGUGA